ACUGUAUUCUUGAUCCUACCUGUUUGCUUCUGCGACGUCGCGCCCGUCGUCUCAGCUAUUCAUUGCAGUACCCACGCCGCGCGCUACGUGCACAUCGCGCUCCCACCAAGCUCCGCAAUACCCGCUCACCAGCCUCGUUGGCCGUAGCUUGUUAGACUUUCCGCAGAAAAAACUGGGUAUCGCCCGACGCUGUGACAAUGGAGCAAGCGACACAGCAGCAAUCGCGCCCGCGCGGUCUCAGCUUUCAUAGUAACAAGAGCAACAAGAGCCGCGACAACGCAACCCCCAAGAGCCCGUCCAAAACCAAGCACGAAAGAAAGGCCAGCGACCACUACGAUCCAAACUCAAAGGCGAACCCCAACGCCGCCAUGAAUGAGCAGCAGCCCAUCGCUGAGGCCCUCACCAAGCCCACCCUCGCCUCUCUGCGCUCCUUCCAGCAUACCGACACGGCCGGUAACCCCAUUGCCGAUCCCGAUCUCUCCAACCCCACACGUUCGCGAUGGGAGCGCCCGCUCGACACAAUCCGCUCGUUCGAGGCUGCCAUUGAUGGCGAAUACAGACGACGCGCCCAAUCAAUGCGCGCCGACCAGACUGAUGUCAUGAGCGGUUACGGAAGCCGACGGAGCAGCUAUUACGGCGGCGGCGGCGGCGGAUACAACGACCAGAACCGCUUCUCGACCGCCAGCGGCUACUUUCCCCAAAGACAAACCCAACGUGACAGCUACGCCGAUGGCUAUGGGCAGGGUGGACCUGUGGGCGGACCACCGCGGUUGCGAUACGGCAAUCGCAUGCAGUCUGACCCGGGAUGGAACACGAGACAAAGCCAGCAAGGUGUUUACCCCAUGAACGGCUACCAACAGUCGCGCGACACAGUAAACACCAACGGCUCGAAUGGAAGCCACAGCGACGGCCCAUACUCAAACGAUCCAAGCAAUAGCGAGAACAGUUCCAUCGAAAGAGGCAUCCCCGUGCAACCACCACAACAAGAUAUGGGCUCACAAUACGGAUUCAAUGGAUUCGGAAGAGGCCCCAUUAUGGAGGAGUAUGCACAGGGGCCACCACCGCCAGCCCACGGCAUGCCUUCACAAAACGGCAUGGCACCACCACCCCCGAAACAUGCCGCGCAAGCAGCACCAAUCAAACUCGGCGGCGGCGGGCCACCAGCUACGGAGAACACGAGGCCGGCCAUGUUGUCUAAGAAGAGCAGCGAUGCAGGCGACAAGCGCAAGAGCUGGUUCAAGAGGCGAUUCAGCAAAGAGUAGACCUUGAAGUUGAAGGCCAGGUGGAAGAAGUACAUCGGCUAGCUUCUACGACGCGGGCUUGCCAUGAUGAUGAAUGAAUGUCUUCACCAUGGGCUCUGGAGUCCUCUGGUCGAACCACUGUUACGCCACCCUGCGUAUACAGCAUGAUGGCGUUUCUACGGCGUUUUGGGGAUGCGGGAAGGGUAUAUACCGCGAUUGUCACUCCUUGUAGGUUUGGAAGGUGCCGCUACAGUAGAAGCUUGCUCUUUGAGUGGCUGGUAAUGUGGUAAUCAUAAUGGUUUGAUGAGCAACAUUGACAUUUUCAUCUGAUUGUGGUG